AUGGCCGCCAAAGCUAAACCCCGCGUGGGGAUCGUGGGCGCAGGCAUUGCCGGCCUCCGCUGUGCCGAUAUUCUCAUUCAGAAUGGGGCGCGGGUGACUAUUUUGGAAGCGAGGGGUCGUAUUGGUGGGCGGGUGCAUCAGAGCGAAAUAGCAGGCCAUCUAGUAGAUCUUGGCCCAAACUGGAUCCAUGGCACGGAAGAAAAUCCGAUCAUGGACAUCGCCGAUGCAACGAAGACUAUAGCUCGUGAUCCCGAAGGGAGAAAUAUCUCUAUAUCCUGCGACGGACAGCUUGUCGAUGAGCAGCUCACAACCAAAGCGGCUGAGUUCAUCUGGACAACCAUCGAGAAGGCCUUCGAGUACAGCAAUCACCAUGGGGAUAGCAUCCCGGUGGAACGCAGUCUCUUUGACUUUAUACAGGAGCAUGUACAGAAAACCAAUUUCUCCGAUAAGGAGAAGAAAUUGUGUUUGGAUUCCUGCAAACUUUGGGGUGCAUAUGUGGGUGACCCUAUCGAGAGACAGAGCUUGAAGUUCUUUCGUUUAGAGGAGUGUAUUGACGGGAACAACUACUUUGUGGCAUCAACCUACAAACGAAUCUUGGAGCAUGUUGCAAAGACAGCCCUGGCACAAGCUGACAUCCGCUUCAAGCAACAUGUUAUCAAGAUCGAAGCACCGCAAAUUGACGGCAAACACCAAGUUAAAGUAACUACCGCAUCAGGCGAUAUCCAUGACUUCGACGAAUUAGUCGUCACAUGUCCUCUGGGCUGGUUGAAACGCAACACCGAAGCAUUCCACCCACGCCUCCCAGACCGACUCCUCGAAGCAAUCAAAAGUAUAUCCUACGGCCGUCUCGAGAAAGUCUACAUCACAUUCCCCGAGGCGUUCUGGAAUACCGACUCAAAUGAUACCGCACACAACAAACAACCAUCCGCCAACCCUGUAUUCGCCCAAUUCCUCGAACCAACCUACACAUCCCACCCAAAGGACAUCCAAUGGAACCAAGAAUGCCUCUCCCUCGCCAGUCUCCCAACCCCCUGCGCCCAUCCGACCCUCCUCUUCUACACAUACGGACCCUGCGCAACAAACAUAGUCGAGCAAAUUGCCGACCUAGUCGAAGGCUCAGAAAAAUACAACCAAGUCCUAACCACCAUCCUCGAACCCUUCUACUCCAAACUCCCAGGAUACAACCCCACCUCGACUUCCUGUAAACCAACCUCGAUCCUCGCGACCCGCUGGCAAAAGGACCCCUACGCGGGAAAUGGGUCAUAUUGCAAUUUCCAAGUUGACUUGACCACCGGCGACAAGGAUAUUGAGGCUCUGCGCUCGGGCGUGGGGCUGGGUCCGGAGCGCGGAAUCUGGUUUGCUGGUGAGCAUACGGCCCCGUUUGUGGCUCUGGGGACAACGACGGGCGCGUAUUGGAGUGGGGAGCGGGCUGCUGUGCAGGUUUGUGGAAAGGUUGGGCUAGGAAGGAUCGGGGUAGGCGUAGCGAGGGAUGAUUCUUUGCCUUCUGCUUCUGCUGGUGGGAAGUGA